ACACUCAUUAUGAACGCAUAUACUCUUCAGAAGAACAGCAAGUUUGACGUUCAGCAAGUUUGAGAGUCAGCAGCAAACAUCUGAUUUGAGACUCAUCUAACCAUACCGGUAUAUUCCAGUGGUUAGUUUUUGGGAGAAAACCAUCUUUCCAACAAACCUGUCAUCUCGAUACAAUUAAAGAAGUGUUAUCCUGACACUUCAGCAGCGGUUCUCACAAUCUCAUAUUUGGCAAGAAGGAACAGAAGGCAGCCAUAGUUACCAAGAAUCAUGUCAGAGCUACCCACACCCACCCAAAAGAGGGUCCUCAUCUGGGCCGUCACGCGAUCCCUUUCCACCGUUCUCGUCAGAUCGCUCUCCCAGAUUCAAGACAUUCAGGUCAUCUUCGAGUACUACGUAGCAGCAGGCUGGAACACAGCACCAGAUGUACUAGUCAAUGAAAGCUCUCAAGAUAAUUCUUUGGUCAGCAUGGAGCCGGACGUCACCUUCCAGUCAGUAAAAGCCAUGUAUGAGCAGGACUACCCAGGAAAAUCUCUGAUUCUUGGCAAAGAGAUGCCGUACUACCUAGGCCGUAGAAUGAAUGCUAUUCCUCACGGCUACACGCACAUCUUCUUGAUCCGUAACCCUGCAAAGACUAUCCCCUCUUUGAACAAAAUCUUUGGAUUUGCGACACCCGAAAUGAAAAGAGCUUUGCUUGGUCCAAACCAGUUUGAAAUGAUGGACGAGGUGUACGAGUUUGUCACGAAAACUCGUCCACAUGAAACAGCAGUUGUGGUUGAUGCUGAAGACCUGAUGGCUCAGCCUGCCAAAUCCCUACAGCUGUUGUGUGAAGCAACAGGGUUGCCCUUCAGCCAGAGCUUGCUUCACUGGGAUCCCAUCAAAGAUCUCCCUUCCAACUGGAGCAUGCCGAAGUCUCUGUGGGCCUACUCCAGCGCCAUGGGUUACUUCAAGAAUGCUUUUGAGAGUACCUGCUUCCGUGCAAAGAAGGACAAUAGCUCGGCCAAAAGGAUAGAGCAAGUUGAUCCAGAACUCUGUGAACUAAUUCAGGAUGCUAUGCCUUAUUACAAACACUUGUACAAACGCCGUUUGACUGUUCAGUAAAAUGGGCUGAAAUUUGGACACUUAAAGAUGCUGGCCUGCCAACUCUCACACACUGAGCGUGAGACACGCACAUUUCAGGUUAUUCUCACACUCUUAUGACCACGCUAAAAAAAUAAAUAAGAUACAAAAAAAAAUAAUGAAGAAACUAUAGCUCAGAUUAGCCGAUUGACUCCAAACUCUAAAAUGAUGUUUAAAGGAUAGUCUUGAUUAAAAUUGGUUAAAGCGGUCAGAAAUUGCCUCAGGAUAGCACUUCAGAGUGUCUAGGAUCCAAUAUUUUUUGGGGCCCGCUUGCCCAGGCCUUUGGGGCUUCGUACUCGCUUUGCUCCAUCACCAAAUUCUCACUGUUCUUACUCAAAGUUGGCAGCCCUGAAGUUGGUGGACAGUAAACAUGGUAAAGCUCAAACAUUGAACCAAUCAACAAAACUGUGGUAGUCAAUUCAAAAAAUGUUAAAUAAGCAUUGUUUACUUUUAUUUUAAAGCUUCUGUCCACGAAGGGAAUGAGAUAUGUACGUCCCAACAGUGGUGGCGCUACCCACCCUGCCCCCCCAUCUGUCCCCCCACCAGAGCUUAGGGACAUGUAGGAAGCAAUCAUGGGGAACAAGUGUCAUUCAACUUCCAUCCUCUUAGCAACUGAAGGCCUGCUAAUUUUAUGUAGUCUACGUACAUGAACACGUGUACGUGUAAAUUGCACUUGCACACAAGUUCUUAGAGCCAGUAUCUCCUUCCACAGACAAAAUCUGCCACAGUUCAAAGCACUAAAUGUAGAUUUGCUAUCAAUUAUGUUCAACUGUUUGAGUGCAC